UGCCCCACAACGUCCCGAGUCCACGUCCACAGCGGUGCGUCGUGAGACAGGUCGCGCGGUCCCGUGUCCGCGCGCGUCUUAAGUUGCAGUGUGCGGCCGCGUGUUGUUUGAGUAACGCGGACGGCGCGUGCGAUGCGAUCCCGGUCGCGGAUUAUCGGCGGCACGACGACCAGGACGAUUGCACUGGCACCGGCAUCCGGCGGCGACGACGACGACGACCAUCACCACGAUCGCGACCACUACCACAGCCACUGCGGUCGCGACGGACCGCGUUAUUGCAUCAUAAUUCAACGUCCCGCCGUUGACGCACCUCCACCUACGGGACGCCGACCAGACAACUGCGACAUCGACGGGCAUGGCCGAAGCGGUGACGAGUCGCUAAAGCACGACCAAGACGGACGACGGAGAUCGAGCCACGUUCGUGGAUAUACCGGCUCGACCAAGACAUUCGACUGUGACGUUGCACGAAUACUAAGCAAGAAUGAGCAUAAAGAAGAAACCCAAAGAAGACGACCACGAAGCAUUGGCCGGAGAAGAAGAAGCUGUCACAGGUAUAGAUAGUCAAAACUAUGUACUCGUUCCUCCGGAUGGCGGAUGGGGCUGGCUGGUGCUCCUGGGCAGCACAUUGGUCAACAUGUUGAUUCCAGGCACGCUUAAAUCUUUUGGAGUACUGUUCGUGGAAUUCACUGAAGCGUUUCAUGCGUCAGAAACCGCAGCCUCAUGGAUACCCGCCAUUUGCUAUUUUCUCUAUUGCUCUUUAGGUCCUGUUUCGAGUUAUUUGUCAUCAAUAUACUCAUAUCGUACAGUAACGCUAAUUGGAGGCACUUUAGCUUCUCUGGGAUUGAUGCUCUGUUAUUUUGCGGAUUCAAUCACCUUUCUAUACUUCAGUUACGGGAUGAUGUUUGGCUGCGGCGCAGGUCUGGCGUUUCCACCCGGCAUAUUCAUCGUGACAUCGUAUUUCGUCAAAUAUCGCGGAUUCGCCAACGGAGUGGCCAUAUCGGGAAGUUGUCUUGGUUCCAUGUUCCUGCCGCCGUUCCUGGGCUACCUAAUCGAACACUACGGAUACAAGGAGGUGGUGCUGAUACUCGGAGCUCUUACGCUCAACGUGUGGGUGGGCGCGAUGCUGUACCAUCCAGUCGAGCAGCACAUGGUCAAGCAGUACGUGGACGAGUGCGAGUGCGCGGACGACGGGCUGGACAGCGGUGGCGAAGCGGAUGCAGUGGUGACGUCGUCGGUUUCCCUGGCCGUGGCCGCGGCAAAUUCGAUGGCCGGCGGCAAGAGUUUGACAGAACUGCGCCGGUGCGUCGACGACGACGACGAUGACGGGAGGCACCAGGAGACGGUGUCGCUGCUGGCGCAGAACCUCAACGGUUACGUGAUUGUAAACGAGCUGAACGCGUCCAGCGUCAAGGUGCCAGCGGACGACCGGUACUUGCUGGCCAGUGGCGGAGUGGCGAUCAUCGCGGCGGUCAACAGCAAGUCAGUGRCGCGGCCGCUAGGUAGCGGUUCCUGUUCGCCAAAGWCACUGCAGGCUUUCAGCAGUUGCGGUCUGUUGCGGACUACCAGCGGCGGUGCGGCCGACCACAUGCAGCUGCAGCACCACAACUUGCACUACCAGCAUCAGCACUGCAGUAACCUUCAGGCGCCGGUGUUCCGGGGCGCAGCCGGGUCGUCGUUGUCGUCGCUGAGGUAUGUCAGCACGCCGUUCCACGGCAGCACGUUGGUCAGCCUGUACGAGGAGUCACAGCCCAAGAAGAAGCAGCAGCAAGAGCAGCGCCGGCGGCAGAGGCGAGAUAAGCGGGACAAACGGCGGUCCGGUAAGCAGCAUGAGCAGCCGGAAGCCGAUAAUGGCGACGCGUCCGUCGAGCAGCAUACGUCGUCCCGAUGCAAGACCGUGGCCGGCGCGCUGCAAUUGCUGUCCGACCCGCUGUUUAUCGUCAUACUCGUGUCCAACGCCACCACGGCCAUCGGGUACACGAACUCUGCCAUCCUGUUGCCGUCGUAUGCCAUCAGCAUCGGCCACGACAAGAGCAGCUCGCAGUACCUACUGUCCGUGGUGGCCGUGCUCGACCUCGUAGGCCGAGUGGGUGGAAGCACACUGUCUGACUGGAUCCGCCUGGAUAAGCGGUACUACUACUUAAGUGGGCUCGUAUUGUCCGGCGUCGCACUGUUCGUGCUUCCGUUCGCCGACGACUACCCGACCAUGUGUUUCGCGUGCGCCGCGUUCGGACUAGGUUCUGGCGUUGUGGUCGGCAUCACGGCCGUCAUAAUGGUCGACAUGCUGGGCGAGGAGCGGCUGUCCUCGUCGUACGGAAUAUCGCUGUUCUGCAACGGGCUGGUGCAGCUCAUCGGGCCGCCCGUGGCCGGAUACAUUUUCGAGACUAUUGGCUCGUACAAGCCCGUGUUCCACGGCAUGGGUGUCAUACUGCUGUUCGGUGCUUCAACAUGGCUGGUGACGCCGUUUUUCAAGAAGAACCAUCACCGCCACUGACUGUUGCGAUCGCCACUUAUUAUCUAGAACAAUUUACUACUAUACACUUAGGUACACACGCUUGUACACACACUACACACACAGACAUACCAUAUACAUAAUAUAGGUACAUACAAAUACACGAUUCUAAUUUCUAGUAUUACUUAAGUAUGAUAUUAUAUACAAUAAUUACAUAUAUUUACAUAUAUAUCUGACACUURGGUAAAUAAUAUUAUACGCCAUACUACGUAUCAAACAAGUUUCUAUACUCCCAGUGGCGUAAUAUGGGUGUUGCUAGUGUAAAAAAUAUUAUAGCUGCACUGGCAACACCAAAUCGUUUUUGGCUGUUGCAAAAGUAACACCUAAAGUAUUCGAAUGCGUUUGGGGCGUGGGUCCUUCGUCGUUGUGUGUAUUUUUGAAAAAUAACAUAAUCAACUCUUUACUCGAUUAUCUAAAUGUAAUUUUCUAUAUUAAGAUAAUAAGACGGUUAUCUUCACGGUUGUUACCGCAUGUCAAUUAAAACCAUAAUUUGGUUCUUCGUCGAUAUUUUACAGUUAAUUUUUUUUUAAUGUGACGAUAACUUUGAUUAAACUUAUUUUUGUGUCACAGGAAGAAUUGAGGCAUUCAAAAUACAGACAAGGAGGUCUGAAUAUCCAUUAUUGUAUCAAAAGAAAAUUUGCAACAUCAAAAAUGUGAAUUAAAUAUUAUGCCACUGAUAUAGUAUACCAAUGAUGUUUAUCAUAUUAUUAUAUUACAAUAAUUUAUUAAAUACUUAUUUCAGUUAUAUAUUAAUAAUUUAAGUACGUCGCCGUGUACAAGAGUCUAGUCCGUUAAUCAGAGGGGAUAUUUUCAUUUAGACAUCUAUCCCUCCUCCUUAUGAGCUGGGGUAUUUAAGGAUAUCUAGUGAAUCCCGGAAUACCGUGUCCGCAGAGACGACGUGACGAAGAUCGGUCGAUUGCGGCGCACAACCAUCAUACGCG